ACCAACUUCUUCCCACCGUUGGGAGCUUCCACGUCAAGAAAGACACCAACUUCUUCUCCCUUCUCUUCCUCCGCCCCUGCUCCCUCUUGCUCAGAUUCUCUCUCUCGCUAAAGCACACUACUCCAAAAGCAAAAGCAAUUGAUCACCCCACCACCCACACCCAUCGAUCAUAAGGAACCCUAUUCCAUUCGCCGUCACCCUCUCGCUUUUCCCACCGUUGCCUCUCUCCACCCUCCCCUGCUUCUUCAGUUCCGUCCAUGGCGGCCGGUGGCGGUGGUGGUCAGCCGCCGGGUACGCCGUUGAUGGUGCGGAGGCUGGCUGUGGAGGUGGUGGACGCGCGGGACCUUGCGCCAAAGGACGGGCUCGGCACGUCCAGCGCCUACGCGGUCGUGGACUUCGACGGCCAGCGGAAGCGCACGCGCACCGUGCCCCGGGACCUCAACCCGCAGUGGCACGAACGACUCGAGUUCGUCGUACCCGACCCCGCGAACAUGCACGCCGAGGCGCUCGACGUCUCGAUCUACCACGACCGCCGUUUCAGCCCCUCCAGCAGCGGCGGCGGGGGAAGCGGGAAGAACCACUUCCUCGGCCGCGUACGCAUCUACGGCUCCCAGUUCUCGCGCUGCGGGGAGGAGGGCAUCGUCUACUUCCCGCUCGAGAAGCGCAGCCUGCUCAGCUGGAUCCGCGGCGAGGUCGGCCUCAAGACUUACUACUAUGACGAGCCGGCCGGGCCGGCGCCUCCUGAGGACAAGCCGCCGGAGCCGGCCGACAACGCGCCGCCGCCAGAGAUCCCGCCAGAACAGCCGAAAGAUCUCCCGGAGAUGCCCGCACCGACCGAAGCCGCCGUCGAGGUGCAGCAGCCGCAGGCGCAGCCUCCCGUUAUUAUCGUGGGGGAAGCUCCCAUGCACCCCACGAUGAUGCCGCCGGUGCACGGGCCUCACGGGCCAAUGAUGCCGCCGGUGCACGGGCCGCACGGACCAAUGACGCCGCCUCCACCGGAGUCGCACCCAGAGCCGGAGCCCGCACCGGAGCCGGACGCGGGCGAGCCAUACCCUCCCGAGGUGCGAAAGACGCGGAUGGCGUCGAGCACGGAGCGCGUCUUUGUCGCGCGCCACCCGAGCGGCGGCUUGGGCCCGGACUAUUACGCGUCCUCUCCCCGCGUCAUCUCCGGGCGGUUCGUAUCCACCGGCGAGGCCGUCGAGUCAGUGCAGUCGUCGUCAUACGACUUGGUGGAGCCGAUGCGCUACCUCUUCGUGCGUGUUGUGCAGGUGCGCGGCAUCCGUGCCUGCGAGGGCCCCUACGUCAAGGUCCAGGCCGGCCCGCACUCGCUCCGGUCGCGCCCCGGCCACGAUGUCUCCGGCACCGGAAACCCCGAGUGGAACCAGGUGUUCGCCAUCAGCCACGCCAAGCCGGAGCCCACGCUGGAGAUCUCCGUGUGGGACGGCGGGGCGCCCUCACCCGCCGACGCAUUCCUCGGCGGCGUCUGCUUCGACCUCUCCGACGUGCCGGUCCGCGACCAGCCGGACGGCCCGCUGGCGCCGCAGUGGUACCGGCUCGAAGGCGGCGAGCCGGGCAUAGUGACGGGGGACAUCAUGGUGGCGGUGUGGAUCGGCACGCAGGCCGACGAGGCGUUCCCGGAGGCGUGGAACACCGACGUGCCGUACGCCGCGUACACGCGCUCCAAGGUGUACCAGUCACCCAAGCUCUGGUACCUGCGCGCGUCAGUCAUCGAGGCGCAGGACCUGCGCGUGCCGGCGCCGCCGCAGGGGCUACCGUUCGACGUGCGCGUCAAGAUACAGCUCGGCAUCCAGUCCGCCCGGACACGCCGGUCGGUGGCCAGCAGCAGCGGCUCCGCGUUCGCGUGGUCCGAGGACCUCAUGUUCGUCGCGUCCGAGCCGCUCGACGACAGCUUAAUCGUGUUCGUCGAGGACCGGUCCAUGAUCAAGGAGCCCGCUCUUCUCGGCCACACCACCAUCCCGGUGAGCUCCGUCGAGCAGCGCCUCGACGAGCGGCAGAUUGUCGCGUCGCGAUGGUUCAACCUUGAAGGCAGGACGUCGGAUAUUGGCAUGGGCUCCGGCAAAGUAGGCGGUCCGCACAGCCCUACGGGCUUCUACUCAGGCCGGCUGCACCUCCGGCUCUGCCUGGAAGGCGGGUACCACGUGCUCGACGAGGCGGCACACGUGUGCAGCGACUACCGGCCGACGGCGAAGCAGCUGUGGAAGCCACCGGUGGGUGUGCUGGAGCUGGGCAUCAUCGGCGCAUGCGGCUUGCUGCCGAUGAAGACGAAGGGAGGCGCCAAGGGGUCGACGGACGCCUACUGCGCGGCCAAGUACGGCAAGAAGUGGGUGCGCACGCGCACCGUCACCGACAGCCUCAACCCGCGGUGGAACGAGCAGUACACGUGGCAGGUGUAUGACCCGUGCACGGUGCUCACAGUGGCCGUGUUCGACAACUGGCGCAUGUUCGCGGGCGCCGGCGACGAGCGGCAGGACUACCGCAUCGGGAAGGUGCGGGUGCGCGUGUCAACGCUGGAGAGCAACCGGGUGUACACGGCGUCGUACCCGCUGCUCGUGCUGCUGCGGUCGGGGCUCAAGAAGAUGGGCGAGGUGCAGCUCGCCGUGAGGUUCUCGUCGCCGGGGCAGCUGCCGGACACGUGGGCCACGUACACGUCGCCGCUGCUGCCGCGCAUGCACUACCUGCGCCCGAUCGGCGUUGCGCAGCAGGAGGCGCUGCGGGGCGCGGCCGUGCGCACCGUGGCGGCGUGGCUGGCGCGCUCCGAGCCGCCUCUGGGGCCGGAGGUGGUACGGUACAUGCUCGACGCGGACGCGCACACAUGGAGCGUGCGCCGCGCCAAGGCCAACUGGUUCCGCAUCAUGGGGGUGCUGGCCUGGGCCGUCGGGCUCGCGCGGUGGCUGGACGGCGUGCAGCGGUGGCGCAAUCCGUCCACCACCGUACUCGUCCACGUGCUCUACCUCGUCCUCGUCUGGUACCCGGAGCUGGUCGUGCCCACGGCGUCGCUGUACGUGUUCAUAAUCGGCGUGUGGUACUACCGGUUCCGUCCACGGGCCCCCGCCGGCAUGGACGCGCGGCUGUCGCAGGCCGACACGGUGGACGGCGACGAGCUGGAGGAGGAGUUCGACCCGGUCCCGCCGCCCGACGUCCUACGGGUGCGGUACGAGAGGCUGAGGACGCUGGCCGGCCGGGUGCAGCGCGUGAUGGGCGACGUAGCGGCGCAGGGCGAGCGGCUGCAGUCUCUGGUCAGCUGGAGGGACCCGCGCGCCAGCCGGAUCUUCGUGGGCGUGUGCUUCGCCGUGGCCGUGGCGCUGUACGCCAUGCCGCCGAAGAUGGUGGCCGUGGCCAGCGGGUUCUACUACCUGCGGCACCCGAUGUUCCGGGACCCGAUGCCGCCGCCGGCUGUCAACUUCUUCCGCCGGCUGCCGAGCCUCUCGGACAGGAUGCUUUGAGAUUGGCUCGAGUAAGAGGGACUGACUUCUUUUUUCCUGCCCCUGAUUGUUCGUUCCAUUUUGCUGUAAUAACGGGUGUGCAACUAAUGUAUCGGAGAGGAUAGAAACAACAAAAUUCAGCAUAUAUAGAUACAUCCCACAAGGAACAUGAUUACAUGAAGAUGGUAAUAUAGUUUGUUCAGCUC